AUGAGUGGAGUAUUUGGGGAUAGAGUACCCAUCGAAAUCUUAGAUUUGGUGUUGGAUGAGCUGGAAAGACUGUCAGAUGUUUCGGUAGUGGAUUUUGGAUAUGUGAUAGAUGCGUUGAAGGAGUCUGUGGAGUUACAGAAAAGGGUCAGAGAUAGAUGGCAAAUUGUGAAUUGUACUGGGGUAGAGAGUGUAGAAAAAUUGAAAUGUAUGUCAAGGUCGACGAGAUUGCUGGCCAGUGACUCGAAUGUAGUGAAAUUGGGUGAUUCUGAGUUGGGGAGACCUGUGUACAUUGUCGAUGAGCACACGGACGUCGGUUUGCUUAAUCGUGCGGUUGCACUGGAUCUUGUAUAUUGCGGGGACAUUUCAGCUGUAGGUGACUUCCUGGAGUCGUUAUCUGUGAAGUGUCAGGUACCUCUGCAUUUGGUGAUCGAGUGUGGUGAGAAUGCUUACGCCGGUAGAGAUUUGUUUGGUAUUUUAAAACCUGAAUUGUUUGCAUCUGACUGGGCGUUUGAUCAUUUAAAUGUGUCUUUUCCUUGGGUAGAGGAACUGGAGUGCGAUUAUAUGGCUAUAGAUGCUUUCGUAUACAAGGUGGUAAACGGCCGUGAUCCGCAGGCGGUAUUCGACCGGUUUUUGAAGUGUUUUACCUUGAAUUUCCCUGUUUUAGACACAAUAAGGUUUGUUAGGCCUACGACCACCAGAGAUGAGACUUGUAAUUUUAUAGAUCUCUCGACACUCGUAUUGAGCAAGUUUAAGUCCCAGAAGAUUGGUCUAAUGAAUCUUUUUAAGGUUCAUUCUUUGAGGAACUGGAAUCUCCCUAGGAUAGAAAGGUUCUCGGGUCACAGAUUCAAGUUUGAUGAAACUGCGAUGACAGGAUCUCCGGAAAGAAGAAGCAGUUCCUUGAAGGAAAACUUACAAUUUCUACGAGACUUAGCCGUUAAUGAAACCAGUGACGCUACGCCUUAUUACAGAACUAGUCUUAUUCCAAAGGGCGUGAAGCAAACAAGAAUUCUCAAUUGGAUACCAAUUCAGUCUACACCAAUACUGAUCCUUAAAUCUAACUCAUUGGAACGUCUCAGUAUCAAAUUGUUGAAAUUUGAUCUGCCUUCAACGGCUAUGGUUCAUGGUCUUUUCUUCCCAAACCUGGAGUCAUUAAAUUUGGAACAAAUGGAUGAACAACAUAUUUCACCUUCAUGUUUCAUCGAUGAGCAGGGAUCUAUCAUACUUACAAACACAACUAGCCAUCAUGUGAAUGCAUUUGCCUCUUCAAUGAACCCCAUCGCAUUUUCAUCUUGGAACCAAUUGACCAAUUUGCAGGUCAUUCAGAUCAGCGCCAACGGUGAUCAUUAUGUAUUCGACAUUGAGAAUUUGAAACGGUUAUUACCAUCCAUUGAUCUUAAGAGAAGUUUCCAAACGUUUUUUGAUGAACAGCAGAGAUUUGUAGUUGUUUGA